CUUAUUUUUUACCAGUCGAAAUGAAGCUAUGGAUAAAAGCGAAACACAUUGUGUUGAUGGUGAUAUAUGGUCAUUUAGACUUGAUGAUAAACCAUUGAUAGAUGUUGAUUAUAACGAAAGUAGAUUUGACACAUCAGUGGUAUUAGGCAAUACGAUAUAUGAUGGUACUGUUGCCGAUGUGUUAGGUGUUACAGAAACAGAUGUCAUUACUACUAGUGCUUCAGAAACUAUAACUGAAAAAUUUUUUGGCAGUGUUGGUUGUACGGCUGUGGUUUUGGACGGUAUACCGACAUUGACAAAUCGAGUUAGUCGACGUGCUUUACACGAUCUUGGUUGUGAUACGUUAGGAAUUUCUAUCGAUUCUAUUAUUUCUGGUGAUUAUAUUUAA